UGGUUGAAGUGCACAUUGUGAUUGUCCUACUCAUACCUCACAAGGCAAAGCUUCUCCCAAGACUUAUCUAGCAAAAACCUCUAUAGCUAAAAUGAUUUCUUUUUCUGAUCAUGAGAUGAUCUUGAUCUUUGGUCUCCUAGGUAACAUCGUGUCAUUCUUGGUGUUCUUAGCACCCUUGCCAACCUUCUAUACAAUUUACAAGAACAAAUCAUCUGAGGGGUUUCAAUCAAUUCCAUAUGUGGUUGCACUUCUUAGUGCACUGUUGCUUCUAUAUUAUGGCUUCAUAAAGACCAAUGCUACAUUGAUUAUCACCAUCAACUGUAUUGGAUGUGCUAUAGAAGUUUCAUACCUAACAAUGUACAUUAUAUAUGCUCCCAAGAAGCAGAAGAUUUCCACUAUGGUAUUGAUACUCAUUUGUGACGUUGGAGGUUUUGGCUUAACCAUGUUGAUCUCCACCUUCGCUGUGAAGGGCAUUAACCGUGUUCAUGCUGUUGGAUGGAUUUGCGCCAUUUUUAACAUAGCAGUGUUCGCUGCUCCCUUAAGCAUAAUGAGGAGGGUCAUAAAAACCAAAAGUGUAGAGUACAUGCCAUUUUCGUUGUCCUUGUUUCUCACCCUCUGUGCUACCAUGUGGUUUUUCUACGGAUUCUUCGACAAGGAUUACUUCAUUAUGCUGCCAAAUGUGCUAGGAUUUCUUUUUGGCAUCUCUCAAAUGAUCUUAUACAUGAUUUACAAGAAGGCUGGGAAGAAUAUAAAAACCAAUUGUACACAGCAGCAAGAAAGGGAGGGCACAGAGAACUCCAAGCAGCACAGCUGCGAUGGCUAUAAAAUCGAUAUCCCUUCACUGGUGGAAAUGAAAGAGAACCAACUCAACUAAGUUUGAUGCUAUUAUGUUAAUAAGUAUCCAAGGUCUAGCGUUGAUGAAGGACUAUAUAUAGGCUUAGGAUGAAUGCUGAAUAACUAAUGUCUCGUUUCUAAUUAUACUAUUGUAGUAAUAACAACUAUUGCCACUUGGCAUGCAUUGACUAUGUAAUAGAUUAAUGAUUAUAGUUCUUGUUAAAGUAUAUGCUUUGAUUCUGAUUCUGAAUGAAAUCCCAAAAGUUCUA